AUGGAGAGAAUGAAAGGUAAUGAGCUUCAACAUAAGGUUGAGAAGAAGAGUAUGAAUCAUCUUGGAGAUGGAGUGGCGUGGCGUCGAGGUGCAAUGAUCGGCAAAGGAAGUUUUGGGUCGGUUUAUUUGGCCACUUCGAAGAAACCUAGAUCGCGAUACGGCUAUUUCCCAUCUGUUAUGGCUGUGAAAUCAUCUGAGGUGAGAAUGGUGAGAUGGUGUAUAACUUGUUGUUGGAGUAUGGUNGGAAGUUUUGGGUCGGUUUAUUUGGCCACUUCGAAGAAACCUAGAUCGCGAUACGGCUAUUUCCCAUCUGUUAUGGCUGUGAAAUCAUCGGAGGUCUCUGUUUCAGGUGAGAAUGGUGAGAUGGUGUAUAACUUGUUGUUGGAGUAUGGUUCUGGAGGAACCCUAGCUGACAUGAUUAAGAAAUUGGGUGGCAACGGAUUGCCUGAAUCCGAUGUCCGUCGAUNUCCUGGAGGAACCCUAGCUGAUAAGAUUAAAAAAAUGGGUGGCAACGGAUUGCCUGAAUCCGAUGUUCAACGAUACACAAGGCGAAGAUUGGUGAUUUUGGGUUGGCAAAAAGGGUUGGUGGGAGCAAGAAGAGGAAAUUGGAGCCAUAUUGGAGAGGCACUCNCAUCCGAGUUGAAGGUGAAAAUUGGUGAUUUUGGGUUGGCAAAAAGGGCUGGUGGGAGCAAGAAGAGGAAGUUGGAGUCUUAUUGGAGAGGCACUCCACUGUUUUUGUCUCCUGAAGCAGUGGUUGAUAAUGUGCAAGAGCCUCCGUCUGAUAUUUGGGCUCUCGGUUGUAUUGUGCUUGAGAUGCUAACUGGGAAACCUGCGUGGAAUGGGGAACAAGAGUUGAACGUUGAGGAUAUUCUCAAAAAAAUUGGGGAUAGGCACGAAUUGCCUAAAAUUCCAUUGGAGAUAUCAAAAGAGGGGAGAGAUUUCCUGAAGGGUUGUUUUGUGAGAAAGGAGAUGUACAGAUUUACUGCUGAAAUGUUGUUGAAUCACCCAUUUGUGGAAGGUAUAGUUGAUGUUGAUGACAUUGAAGAUUUAGAGGAGGUUGCAGAUGUCAAUGAGGACAGCUCCUUAUUGAUACUGUCCAUGGCUGAUGAUGGACUCAGUUCUUCCUCUUUUUCGGAUGAUUACAACUUCUUUUCUGAAGAGUAG